AUGAAAGCGAUUCCUAAGUGUUUUGAGAAGUUCAGAGAUACUCGUAUUGUCUUGGACUGUACAGAAAUAUUUGUUCAAACUCCUUCAUCUCUACAAACCCAGAGUCAGACUUUUUCCAACUACAAGGGCCAUAAUACACUGAAGUCUUUGAUUGGCAUCGACAAAAUUGGAGCAGUAGUUUUUGUAUCUCGUCUUUGGGGUGGAUCAGUAUCGGAUACCCAGAUAACCAGAGAAAGUGGACUAUAUGAUCUCCUAGAGGAGGGUGAUGCUGUUAUGGUGGACAAAGGAUUUAUACAUAUUAUGGGCGAUUUAUCACAACGUGGAGUUAAAUUGUACUGCCCUCCUUUUCUGACCAAACAUCAAUUUACCAAGAAGGAAGUUGAAAGCACCAGGAGGAUUGCAUCUGCACGCAUACAUGUUGAGCGCAAAAUGGAGCAGAUCAAGAACUUUCGUAUUCUGCAAGGAGUUAUACCAAUAAGCUUAUGUGACAUUGUAGAUGAAGUUUUUUGUGUGUGUGCAUCUCUGACAAAUCUUUUACCACCUCUUGUAAAGUAG